CACACACACACACACACUUUUUUUUCUUUGAAUACUUCUGUCAUGGUUUGUGUUUUUUUCUCUUUCUUCAUAACUCCAAGCUUCGAAUCUCCAUCUCACUCUCUGUCCCUUUCUUAAUGACCAUUUUAAGAACCACUUGCUGUGAUCUCAACCUCAACAACAACCUCUCUUCCUUUUCUUCUUCUUCUUCUUCUUGUUCCUCUUCUGCUGAGAGUCCAUGUUGCUCUUGCAUGUACUCUACCUCACCUGAACCCCACUUCUGAAGCUGCCCCCCCUGCAAAACACAACACAACACUGGACUCAGUACUCUCACUCUCUCUAUCACAGCUCACAAUGGCUAACAAACAAGCUGCUUUUUCGCACUCUCUAACUCGUUCUCAACUCACUAAGUCACUGUUCAUUGCCUUGAUCUUUCUUGCUCUACCUCUUGUUCUGGCCACCACCGACCCCCUUGACGCUCAAUCUCUUCAGGUCUUGUUCACCUCAUUAAAUAGUCCUUCUCAGCUAACUAAUUGGAAAAGUAGUGGCGGUGAUCCUUGCGUAGAGUCAUGGAAAGGGGUAACCUGUGAAGGCUCAGCUGUUGUUUCCAUUGACAUUUCUGGACUAAAACUCAAUGGGACAAUGGGGUACUUGCUUUCAGGCCUCACGUCGUUGAGAACAUUAGAUCUGAGUGACAAUGGCAUUCAUGAUACCAUCCCAUAUCAGUUACCACCAAAUCUCACAAGCCUAAAUCUUGCGGGCAACAACUUAAGUGGGAAUCUUCCUUAUUCUCUUAAGAUCACACCUACACUCCAUUAUUUGAACUUUAGCCGUAAUUCACUUUCCCAGUCAAUUGGAGACAUUUUUGCUAAUCUUUCUGGCCUCUCAACCUUGGAUCUCUCUUUCAACAAAUUUUCUGGAGAUCUUCCAGUUUCCUUAGGUUUGGCAUCCAAUCUUUCUUCGCUCUAUUUGCAGAACAAUCAAUUGACUGGUUCUAUUAAUGUUCUUACUAGUUUGCCUUUGACUAAUCUAAAUGUUGCGAACAACCAAUUCAAUGGAUGGAUACCUCAAAAUAUUAUUUCAAUCCCUAAUUUUAUAUAUGAUGGAAAUUCAUUUGACAAUGGUCCCGCUCCUCCUCCGCCACCAUAUACCCCACCUCCUCAUGGAAAAUCAGCUACUAAUCGCACUCAUUCUGGAUCUCAUGCACCGUCCGCACAGAAUUCUAAUGGAGGAUCAUCUAAUUCUGAUAAGGGAUUGUCAAUUGGGGCUAUAGUAGGCAUAAUCCUGGGUUCUGUGUUUGUGGCUUUAGUUGUGCUACUUCUUGUUUUUUGCAUUCGAAAGAAUAAAAAGGACACUGGUGCUAGGACUCCCAAGGGUAGUCUCUCGGUUGGAACAAGUAAUGUAAAUAAUGUGAUGCAAGAGCAGAGAGUAAGAAGCAUAGCUGCUGUUACAGAUCUGAAGCCCCCGCCUGCUGAAAAACCAACAGUUGAUAGGAUGCAAGGGAAAAAUGGAUCUGUAAAGAGAAUAAGGUCACCCAUCACUGCAACCUCACAUACUGUUGCUUCUCUCCAGACAGCAACAAAUAGCUUUAGUCAGGAAUUUCUUAUUGGUGAAGGUUCCCUUGGUCGUGUUUACAAAGCAGAGUUCACUAAUGGAAAGAUAAUGGCCAUUAAGAAGAUCGACAAUGCAGCACUGUCACUACAGGAGGAAGAUAACUUUCUUGAAGCUAUUUCAAAUAUGUCACAUUUGAGGCACCCGAACGUCGUUACACUGGCUGGAUAUUGUGCAGAGCAUGGACAGCGUCUUCUAGUUUAUGAGUAUGUAGGAAAUGGGAGUUUGCACGACAUACUCCAUUUUGCUGAAGAUAGUAGCAAGACUCUGACUUGGAAUGCGCGUGUUAGGAUAGCCCUUGGAACUGCUCGAGCCUUAGAGUAUUUGCAUGAAGUGUGCUUGCCUUCUGUUGUACAUAGAAACUUCAAAUCGGCAAACAUUUUACUUGAUGAAGAGCUCAAUCCCCAUUUGUCAGACUGUGGUUUGGCUGCUCUAACUCCAAACACAGAGCGGCAGGUUUCAACUCAAAUGGUUGGUUCGUUUGGUUAUAGCGCUCCGGAAUUUGCAUUAUCAGGGAUAUACACUGUAAAAAGUGAUGUAUACAGCUUUGGGGUGGUGAUGUUGGAGCUUUUGACUGGUAGAAAGCCGCUAGACAGUUCAAGGGUGAGAUCAGAACAAUCACUUGUGAGAUGGGCUACCCCACAACUCCAUGAUAUAGAUGCCUUGGCAAAAAUGGUUGAUCCUGCCCUGAAUGGCAUGUAUCCUGCAAAGUCUUUGUCACGAUUUGCUGACAUCAUUGCACUAUGUGUACAGCCGGAACCUGAGUUUCGGCCUCCCAUGUCUGAAGUUGUGCAAGCAUUGGUGCGUUUAGUGCAAAGGGCAAGUGUGGUCAAGAGGCGUUCAAGUGAUGAAUCUGGUUUCGCAUAUAGGACCCCAGAUCAUGAGGCCAUCGACAUGUCAUUUUAAGUGGCCGAGCCAUGUCAGACUUACAAGUCUUGUUGGCAGUUUUGUAUACAGCUACUCAAGAGCCAGGGGAUGGCCAAAGCAUGCAGAUGAAAGGUCCGGAAGGUGUAUCAAGAUUAGAUCUAUGUAAUUAUGUCCCCUACAUUUUUCCGUUGCCAUUUUCAAAAAGCUGAGAAUAAGUUGUAUCAAAAGGGCACUUAACUUGAAAAUUGCAUAUUAAGGUAUAUAUUUAGCUGGAAAGGGUGCUAUAUAUUUUGUAUUUUACAACAUGUGAUAUUCAAUGUGAAUUCCGAAUGUUUUGCGGCAUAAUAAAAAUUUUAACUCAUUUGAGCA